GAGUCAGGUGAAGACAGGUGAGUCAGGCAUGAAAAGGUGUGGCGCUCCGGUGGAUUUGUCCUUCAAAGCCAUCAGCAACUUUGCAGACGCUCGGUCAGAAGAACCCAGCCGUGGUCUGCGGCUUUUAAAGAGAACUCCUUCAGGGAAGUUCCAAAGUGUCUCUCUGCGCCUGAACAACAACAGCAUUACAGACCUGGACCACCUCCACCAGACCGUGGCACACUUCCUGGCUGAACCAUGGCGACUGGCCUGGGUGGACCUCUCCUUCAACCACAUCACACACAUCCACCCGGUUUUGUGCGAGCUGCCUGAACUGCGAGUGUUGUAUCUCCAUGGCAACCGCAUCUUCACCUUGUCGGGGGUGGACAAGCUGGGAGUUCUUCCCCGCCUGCACACCAUCACGCUGCACGGGAACAUCAUUGAGUCUCGCAAGGCCUACAGGACUCACGUCAUUUUGGCUCUGCCUGGAUUAAAGAGCAUGGAUUUCAGUGCUGUGACCCCUCAGGAGAGAACCUUGGCACACAUUUGGCAGCACAGCACAACAAAUACACUUCACUGAAGAAGAUGAAUGCUGUCUUUCGAGGCCUAACAAGAGGAAGAAUGCUCGUGAAACGCCACUGUGAUUUCAAC